AUGUACCGAGGUAUAGCACAAAGAAGCAACCUGAUCAGGAGACACUGGGAGAGGUUCAAUGAGGUUUCCUCGCCAUAUGUCUCAACUGUACAACUGAAGAUGUCAGCCAACGGUUUCAUGAGUAGGUCAAGGAGGUUUGGGUGCAUGAGCACCAGCUCACAGAAAUGGGCAACAGAUAUGUCGGCCAACGAAGGCUCAGCAAAAUGGGUGACAGAUGUCAGCCAACAGUUUCAUGAGCAGGUCGAAGAGGUUUGGGUGCAUGAGCACCAGCUCACAGAAACAGGCAACAGAUAUGUCGGCCAAUGGUAUCACAAAACAAGGCAGAACACCAAGAAAACCAUGUCCAGUAUUGCGCCACGAGUGCAAAUCAUUCAUGCUGCUCAUGCCACCCCCAUCCAAUGUGCAUCCAUGCAGUCCACCUCAAAGGCUUCAACACUGAGUUCAUUGACAUCCAUUCCAUCCUCUCAGGGACAGUCCCCUCUGGCUGAGGAGUGGCGUAACUGGGUAUGUACUAUAGGAUUAGCGCAGUGGCUCAUGGACAAGGCCCAUGCCAAGGACAUAGACUUCCAGUUUCCUGGUUGCCAUGAACUCAAAGAGGGUGGUGCAAAGUGCAAAGAGCUACAUCCAUACUUUCCAUUCAUGUGCACGGUACUUGGGAAGAGAAUUCCCAUGUUGGAUAAGCCAGUCAUCAUCUUGGGGAUUUGUGAAAGGGCAUCUAAGUCUCAAGUGUGUGCCAAGUCCACCCUUAUUCUUGAGCUUGUCUGCACAGGAGUGGAAAUUCAAGGUUCAUUGCCAUUGCUCCUCAACAUGACCAUCAAGGAAUAUCACACAAGCAACUCCCUUCUGUAUCAAAAAAUAAUCUUCAAUUUUGGUACAGAUCAAAAGUUUAGUCAGUGGAGUACGAGGAUCAAAAAACUGGGUGAAAAGUUGGGCAUGUAUGCCUUCAAGCACAAGAUCAUAUUCAUUACUGUUCAUAGUGAAGUCACCCACAGUGACCUGUUUGCAGGGAAGGGUGAGAGUGGUGAGGAUGUUGCAAUGGAGUUCAUGAAAUGUCCUGUUCGCUUCUCCCCUGCAAAACAUGGUCUAUGGUUCUACACUGUUUAUGUUGACUUGUGGCCCCAUGGUUUCCUUUGA